AUCAGCGUGAGGAAAUCUAGGGCGUGCUGCUCUGUGUUUCAUGGACAAGGAACUAGAAAAUGGUCAAGUGAACGUUCCCCUUAGUAGCUAAGUUAUAAGGUAGUUAUGCGUGUUUUAUCACUGUCAUAAACCCACCCACUUAUAUAGACCUUUAAAAAACGAUUAUUUGGAUUUCUGGAGGACGUCAAGACCGUCUUGUGCGAGAUCAGGAAGGUCCUCCGGUGUACAUGGCACUACAUGCGGCUGCACCAUGAGCGGCGAGCCGGAUGCCUUGGCUGUGGUCAACCAGCUCCGAGAUUUAGCCGCUGACCCGUUGAACAGGCGCGCUAUCGUCGAAGAUCAGGGCUGCCUGCCAGGCCUCAUCCUCUUCCUCGAUCACCACAACCCGCAAGUCGUCUACUCGGCACUGCUGGCCGUGCGCUACCUGGCAGAAUGUCGAGCCAACAGGGAGAAGCUGAAGGGCGUUCUGGGAAUGAUGCUGAGUCUGCAGAACGUCAUGCAGAAGAGCACAUCCCCCGGUGAGACCAAACUGUUGGCUUCGGAAAUCUACGAGAUCCUGCAGAACGCGAGCAACGCUGAGGCCGAACAGGCCGAAGCGGCCGCCUCUUGUCGCCGUAAGGCUCAGUUCUUCCUGGGUUCCACCAACAAGCGGGCCAAGACCGUGGUGCUGCAGAUCGAUGGCUUGGACGACCCGACCCGGAGGAGCCUGUGUGAGGAGGCUUUGCUGAAAAUCCGUGGCGUCAUCAGCUUCACCUUCCAAAUGGCCGUUAAGAGGUGUGUGGUCAGGAUCCGUUCCGACCUGAAGGCCGAGGCUCUGGGAACAGCCAUCGCGUCCACCAAAGUGAUGAAAGCGCAGCAAGUGGUGAAGGGAGAAGACGGUAAUGAGAUGGUAAUCCCGUUGCAGGAGGAUUCGGACGUGGAGGUGGAGCAGAACAUGGACUUGCCGGAGUACCUCCCCGAGGACGAGAGUCCGGCUCAGGAGCAGCACAAGGCCGUGUCUCGCCUGGGCUCCAUACAGGACGGUAUGGGCUGGCUGAAUACGGCCGCUAACUUCCUGUCCCGCUCGUUCUACUGGUGACCCCGCGCCGUCACCCCUUCCGCACCGAGUGCCGAAUCACUACCGCAGGCUGCUGCAAACUAACUCCAGUCCACCUAAAGCUCACGUUAGCACCCACGAGACAUCAAGCCAUAGAACAGCAAAGACGGCUUUCACGACGAUCGUCUCCUCCGUAGCUGUGCUCUCGCUCUCGCUCUCUCUCUCUCUCUCUCUCUCUCUCUCUCUCUCUCACUUACUCGCUUGUUCAGUUUUCCCUUCAGCCAGAAGAUGUUUUUUUUUUUUUUUUUUUAAAAAGACAGUUUGGUCCAGUUUCUCCUCAUGGGUCCAUGUGUGAUACCAAACAGCAUUGGGUAUUUGUGUAUUUCUUUUUAUUUUAUUUUUUUAGGACACUCAGUGCUCUGCCAGGUUGCAUAAUCAUCCUGGCAAUGGAUAUUCGGUUUUGUACGAAGGAACUUUUUCUCCUGCAUGAAGUUUGAGUGCUUGGUUUCCAGUCUCUUUCCUGUGUUUUGCCUUCGUGUCUCACUUCUUGUGUGUUUUACCGCCGUACUCGCUCUUUGCUAAUUUGAAGAAAACCACUCAAGAUUUUCUGCUUUACUCGAUGCCUUUUCCAUCUUCUUUAGCAAGCGUGUGUGUGUGUGUGUGUGUGUGUGUGUGUGUGUGUGUGUGUGUGUGUGACUUUGCAGUGCGUUUUCUUGUUCUCAUCUCAACUUCUGAUGAUUUAAACCACAUCCUUAUUCAUAUAUUGGCAUAUACCACCGUAUAGACGGUUAAGGGAACAGGAGAAACACCAGCGAUGGCUGCUGUAGAGUCAUUGAGCAAAGCUUUAUAAACUAACGAGUCAUCGAUGCAUGCAGGAAAUAAGGGAAAAAAUAACCCCCCCCCCCCCCGACGCUAUUGCUACUCGGACUACUAACAGUUUCUCAUGCUACGUGCCAACCGCUGUCGUAAGCGCUCUGAAGAUUAAUACUAUAGACCUGAUGACUGAAUUCGAGUCGGAAGGCUAGGUUCAUUUGGGAGCUUUCGUUUUCUUGGGUAUACUUUUUCUUUAUCAUCGACUGACUGUAACACGCGUAUUAGCGGUUUCGAUUACUCCGGUUAUUUAAGCGGUAUAGUCGGAAAUUUCAUCGGGCUUCGUUUGAGCCCGAUCUGAUCGCCAAAAAAAAAACAAAAAAUGCACAAUCAGUGCCUGUUACUCCUGCGUGAUAAUAGAGUAAUGUCUCGAGUAUAUGAACAAAAAGACAAGGGGAAAAAUCACCAACAGUGUUAUUUUAAAUGCAGCAUCAGAUCCACGGAAUAACCGCUGAAUAUCUCUUGUACUGUUGUGCUUGAGUGAUUUCUCUUUUUUUUUCUUCUUUUUUUUAAAAGCAUUUAAAUGAUGUUAGUUUGUCGAGUGAACCGAUUAGCUUUUAGACUGACCAGGUAAUGUCCGUGACAUCAGGAAGGCUGUCCGAGACCGUAGCACAUGUGUAGAUGUAGAAGCUUCUCCUGUACAGAAUACGUCCGCUGUUACGUGUGUAAAGAAUUUCAGACCAUGGAGUUAUUGCCUGUUCACAGUAAUGACAUUAUUAAAUAUAUUAAACACUACAA